AUGAAUGAGAACCAGAGAUCCAUUCGAUCGAUCUCCAAAAUGCGUUCUCUUAUAGCUUUUGUCCUCCUUCUCAGCUUCCGUUUAUGCUCUUCACUCAAGGAAGAAGGUAUAGAUUUCCCGGAAACUGAACAUCGAUUGAAAAAAUCUCUACCGUCAGAUGUAGAUUCCACAAACUCGAAAGCUGUUGGAUUUCACCGGAAAACACUUGUUCGUGCUCCACUACUAACAUACGACAAUCUCCCGUCGAGAAGAAACCGCCCGCCGGCGGCAACAAGCACACCGCCACCAUCUCCGGUACAAUCUCCAAAACAAGUUUCAACUAAAACCUUAGCAGUUCCUUCGCCGCCGGAAAUGAAAACAUCUACACAAACACAAGAUGCUUCACCUCCACCAACUCCUCCAAGAAAGUCUGAUUCUUCUUCUUCUUCUUCUUCACCGGUUGUUCCUAUAGUCGCCGGCUGCGUAGGCGGUGCUGUGUUCCUCCUCCUCUUAGCCACCGGUGUGUUCUACUUCACAAGUAAAUCAGGAAAAUCUGUGAAUCCUUGGCGUACAGGUCUCAGCGGACAACUUCAGAAAGUCUUUGUAACUGGUGUUCCAACUCUAAAAAGAUCCGAGAUUGAAGCUGCGUGUGAAGAUUUCAGCAACGUCAUUGGAUCUUGUCCCAUUGGGAAGCUCUUCAAAGGCACACUCUCAAGUGGUGUGGAGAUUGCUGUUGCUUCUAUUGACACUACUUCUGCUAAAGACUGGAAGAACAACACAGAGAUUCAAUUCAGGAAGAAGAUCGAAAUGUUAUCAAAGAUAAACCACAAGAACUUCGUAAACCUUCUUGGCUACUGUGAAGAAAACGAGCCUUUCACUAGGAUCUUGAUCUUUGAAUAUGCUCCAAACGGAUCACUCUUUGAGCAUUUACACGAUAAAGAAUCGGAGUAUUUGGAUUGGGGAAUGAGGUUAAGAAUCGCAAUGGGAUUAGCAUAUUGCCUUGACCACAUGCAUCAGCUCAAUCCACCCAUAGCUCACACGAAUCUCGUCUCAUCAUCACUUCACUUAACAGAGGAUUACGCGGUCAAAGUCGCAGACUUCAGUUUCGGUCCGUCCGAGACAGAGACGAGAGACGCUGAGGUCUCAGUCUUCAGCCAAGAAGACAACGUUUACAGCUUCGGUUUACUGUUAUUCGAAAUGAUAACCGGGAAGCUCCCGGAGUCGGUUAACAAACCGGACUCGGUGGAUACCGGGCUGGUUGAUUUCUUGAGAGGAGAGGCUCUUGCCAAGAUGGUGGAUCCGACGCUGGAGUCUUACGAUGAGAAGAUUGAGAAUAUAGGUGAAGUGAUCAAAUCGUGCGUGAGGACUGAUCCGAAAGAGAGACCUACGAUGCGAGAAGUCACGGGAUGGUUGAGAGAGAUCACCGGAGUGUCGCCGAGCGAUGCUACGCCGAAACUGUCACCUCUUUGGUGGGCAGAGUUGGAGGUUUUGUCGGCGGCGUAA